CGUGAUCUUUAUUUAUGUAAUGUAAUGGUGUUACACAGUAACCUCGCUUCGUGGCCGUGGAUACUUCGCUACAGGGGUUAAAAGCGUACACGGAGUAUAACAAUCAAAGAAUACUAAUGUGCAGUUACACUGUUCGUGGCGUUUGUGGAGUUUGGAGCGUGAAGGAAAGCGGCGUGUUGGGACUGGAAGCCGAGUGUCUUUAUUUUACCUGUUUCAUGAAAGGGAAGAUGUCAUUUGCCCCAAACCAAAGACUUAAGUUAAGGCUGCAAACGAAAUGUCACUGAGCACAUUUUACACGAAAAGGAAAAAUCUGUGAGGUGAGCAUAUGUAUGCUCGAAUUAGCCGAGCUGGACAAAAAAAAGAAAAAAAACCCGGUGCGGUUCGAGCAGAUGUGGGACACGUUUACUGUAUCGCUUUAGCUGUCAGUAUGGUGUUUAAAUGGUCCGUGCAAUAAUACUACACAGAACCGCCUCUCCGCAUCGCUUUGACGAACAAAGCCACAAUUCUUCCCGUGGGACCUUGUUCUGGUGACAUAACCCUGAUCGCGAUGGAUCUGCUGGAGUGUCCGCUCUGUCUCUUCCUGAUGUGCGAGCCGGUGACCAUGUCCUGCGGCCACACGUUCUGUCGGAGGUGCGUGGGGGGCUUCCUCCCGUCCAAAUGCCCGUCGUGCAAAGAGAGGUUAAAACAAAAGGAGGUGAAAAGCAUGAAGAACAACGUGCUGCUCAUCAGUGUGGCGGAGAAGUGCUGCCCCGAGGAGACAAGGAUGAAGUGCCAUAUUCAGGAGAAACUCAAAGCCAACGACUUCUCCGAAGCUUUACGCAUCGCAGAUGAGGGGCUGCGCUUAGUCCCAGAUGAUCAAAGCUUGAAGGUGUACAGAGCUGAAGCAAACUGCGGCCUGAUGCGUUUCUCUGAUGCUCUGACGGACCUCGACUACCUCUGCUGCCUUCGUCCCGUCUGGACAGAGGGCUUCUUUCGGAAAGGGAAUGUCCUGCUGGAAAUGGGUCAGCAGAAAGAAGCCCUCAUCCAGUUCCACCGUUGCCUAAAACUUCAAGCUGACUUUGUUCCUGCGAAGAGCCAGAUCAAGAAGAUCCUGGAGGCUGAGGGAGUGGCAGUGCCAGAGGAGGUGCCCUGUAUUUUGCAGGUGGUGUCCGAGUACCUGAAAGAGCCCUACCCCAUCACCACCCUCAGCGGCUCCCAGGGGCCGACUCACGCCGAGGGCUUCAAACAUCCACACGGAGAGAAGGGAGAGGGGAAAGGGAGGAGAGAGGCGCACCAGGUGAAGCAUGACACAGGGACUGAGUGCUGCCUCAGCCUCUGCCAAGCUGUUUCCUUCCUCCCCACCGCUGAAGAGGACGAAGAGAUGAUGACGAGGAAGGAAGAGGGGCACGGCAGAGGUGAAAGUAAUCACCGCCGAGAGAAAACCCUGGGUGUUCUCACUGUGUCAGACUUCGAGUGCCCUCUCUGCAUUAGGUUGUUUUUUGAGCCAGUCACAACUCCUUGCGGUCACACCUUCUGCAAAAACUGCAUCGAGAGGAGUCUUGACCACAAUCUCCGCUGCCCACUCUGCAAGCAGCCGCUACAAGAGUACUUCAGAAACAGGAAGUACAACCCCACAGUUCUGCUUCAGGACAUCAUGACCCGACUUUUUCCCUCUCAGUUGGCAGAGAGGAAGCAGGUUCAUGAUGCCGAGAUGGCUGAACUGUCCAAUCUUACUAAGGACAUACCUAUAUUUGUCUGCACGGUGGCGUACCCCGGAGUCCCCUGCCCGCUGCACAUCUUUGAGCCUCGGUAUCGACUGAUGAUGCGACGCUGCAUGGAGACGGGCACCAAGAAGUUUGGCAUGUGCAGCUAUGAGCAUGGCAAAGGGUUUGCAGACUAUGGCUGUAUGUUGGAGAUCCUCGGUCUGGAGCUGCUGCCGGAUGGACGGUCUUAUGUGGAAACAGUUGGCGGCAGCAGAUUCAGGGUGCUAAAGAGGGGUCAGAGGGACGGCUACCACACCGCUGAUAUCGAGUACCUGGAGGACCUUAAGGUUGAUGGUAGCGAGCUGGAGCUUUUACAGCGUCUCCAUGACAGCGUGUACCAGCAGGCCCAGGAUUGGUAUCAGCGCCUCGGCAGCCGCAUUCGCGAGCAGAUCAACAGACAAUACGGCACGAUGCCAGAUAAGGAUGAAAACAUUCAGGCUUCGUCCAACGGUCCAGCGUGGUGCUGGUGGCUGCUGUCUGUCCUCCAGCUGGACCCCGCUUAUCAAACCACUGUCCUGUCCCUGACCUCACUCAAAGACCGGCUGGGACACCUUCGCCUCGUCCUCGAGUACUUCUCUCAAAGCUAGAACCCUACAGCACAGUGGUUUCGUGGCCACACCUAGCCAAGAGUCGAAUACUACGCACACAUACACGAAUGGGCGUGAAACCAGUGAAUGCACUCACUACACUGAGUUCCAGCUUGGGUUUGGGAACUACUCUGAAAUCAUGGAGGGACUGUUUUAAAGUCCUAGCUCAAGGCCAAAUCAACCUGGUCAGUAGCAGACGGCUAGUGAUUUUACUACAGAACACAAUGCAUUUGUACAGUUUGCUGUUUGCGUAUGUUAUCUUUCUUACACCAGAACAGUUUUGUGAAUACACGUUGUACUUGCUGUACCAGUAAGAACUGCAGGGUUGACCAAAGAUGCUUCUUGUUUCGGGUCAUCUUAAUUAUUAUUUGUGGAUGAACUAAAUCAGUGAAUUUCAGAUAAUAUUGCUGAAAAUGGACACUGGGUGUCACUGUUUGUUGUUUUUUUCCCCCCCAGCUAAGCUAGUACAGCCGACCUUUCUGUCAUGUGUUGCCUGUUCAAAUUGGACCCUUUGCAUUAUCAUAGUUCAGUUCUGAGUGAGAAAACACUUUAACAGCACAUCAUUUGUAGAGAUUUUGCAGGACUAUGUGCCUCAGAGGGUUGAAUGCGUUGCAGGUAAUCACGUUUGGGUAUUCUGAUUGUCCUUCUUUUGCUACAGAGCACUACUUGCGAUGCUUGCAUUUUAGUUGCAGGUAUUUGCUUCGGGGCAGCCGCAGAAAACGGCUCGUUUCAUACUAUUGAAUAAUCUUCAAAGGAUCUCUUUUUAGUAUUAGCGAAUACUGCAAUAAUAAUUUAUAGUCUCACAUGGCAGCGAUUCUUUUUAAUGUGUGAAAGCUGCUGUCUCUGGAUGCCGCUCGUUCUUGUCCAGUGGAAAAAAUGACGUCUGUGAAAUUAGGAGAGGACGGGCUCGGUCAGUGGGAGGUUUGUUUUACAGUAUGAACCUGUGAUUUUUUUGUAUGUUGAUGGUAAAGUAGGAAUACAGCACUGUAUGUAUGUUUGUGUGUCGGCUGUAAAUAAGUAAUUUUCGUCCAUCAUUUCAUUUUCAUUAGCUGUUUUUUGUUUUUAAAUUAGAUAUGACGUGUUUGUUUUGAGCACUGAUGACAGCUACUGUAAUGUGCGCUCCCUUUGAGAUCCAUGACGCCGUGUUAACAUCUCUUGUCCAGGGGAAGCUGUAACAUGCAGUCAUUUGGCUAGAACACCUUGGUUGCGGUCUGACUAGGACUGAGUCCCCUCCCCCCUUGUGGGGCUUCUGCGUAGGCCGUGACACCUACCUCUGGCCCCCUACUCCGUCUCUAUGUCUGUCCGGCCCUCCCACCACCACCACCACCACCACCAGCCAUGGUGCCUUUGAGUGCCUGGGCCAACUCAUCAGAAGACCUGCAAGUCUUAGAGUUUCUACAAGACAGAUGUGAGGGACUGUGUGAUUUUUAUGGAUAUAGUGCUACAUUCCAUGGAAUGUUGAAGCUGCAAAGUUAUGUAUAGUUAAUUUACUAACAAAUACGGGCUUGACUGGGUUUUAUUUGUGUGUGUGUGUUUUUUUUUUUUUACUUUGAUAAAUGUGCCAUAGGUAUUUCUAUGCGAAAAAAAGCUUUAUAGAAUAGUUAGCUACGUCGUCACUGUGUUAAUGUCUGUCUCCAUCAUGGACCUUCAUGCCUUUCGUAUGGUGGUUGUUGAACUGACAUUUUUUUCACGGCCAGCAUAUCACUAAACAGCAAGAAUUAGUCCACUUUUUAGAUGCAGUUUGUACGAUAGAGAGAAAGUUCCAGGCUCGUGUGGCGAUGUAGAUAUAGCUUCGAGUGAAAGGGGUAAUUAUGAGACUAAAUGCAAACAAAUGGAGAGACUGAUGGAUACUGAGGAGGCAUUGGUUACUUGAUUAACAGGCUCUGUCUACUUGAGGGGGGUAAAAUGCAGGUUUUUUCUUCACUUUUUGAAGCCAUCCAGGAAUGAAGUUCCAAUAUAACAUUAAAAUGUGCCAGUUAUUACAGCAUGUCUCCAAAGCUAGCAGUAUUUAUUUCACUGAAUGAUGAAAUGCAAUCUGAAGGUCAGUCUCCUGCUGCCAGAGAUGAUUAAAGCUAAUUUAAAUCGAAAAGGGAUUGACAUUCUUACAGAGUUUUCAACACAUUGAACGCACGACAGCAAUACAUGACUACAACAGGCCCCCGUCCACUGACUUUCACUUUCAAGAACAAUACUUCAGUGCAGUGAAAUUUGUUUUCGAAAGUUCGGCUUUAAUCCUUUACACGUUUUCCCUCUUUUUGCAAGUCGUGCAUAUUUCUGUUUGUCAGUUUUAUUGCCACUUUUCUCCGAAUAAAACGCCGAUGUAUGCUGAUCACAGCCAUCAGUCUCAUUUUAGUUUACUCCGGUGAAUACAGAACGCAAUUUCCCUUUGAAAUAAAAACAGCCCUUUUUUUUUUUUUUCAUUUUAAGAUUUAAUUCGCCUAUAAUCACUGAAAAGGUUCAACUUGUGUGCCACUCGUACAUUGCAGUGCAGUCGAGCUUCAUUUCAGCUCGUUUAGGCUGCAGCUUUUUGCAUCUUUUAUACCCUGGCAGACGUCCAUUAACUUUAGCUGCGGUGUUAUUGGACUCUUGGAAAAUGCCCUCCAACACAGUUAUGAACAUUGUCUCCAGACACAGAACACAAAGUAUAAUAAGUGACCCAGUCUUGACAGCAGUUUCCCAUGAGAACAACACUCGCGUACUUGGUAAAGGGUGUGAAAAGCACCAUGGUCACGUGUCCCUGCUAUGUGCUGCUGCUUUGCAAGAAGUGUUGGUCGCUGUGGUCUGACGGUCGGUGGUCUGUUUGAACUAACGACAUGUCUCUUUUUCUCUGCGCAUAGUUUAAAACCCUCUCUGUCAGCAACAGGUGUAUUUGAAACCACUGAAAGUGAAGCAGUUUCAGUUUGAAUAAUCUGCAUUUGUUCCUCCUUCUCUGAGCCACGAGUAGUAAAAAAAAAAGAUCUUAAUCUGAAUAUUAUUUUUUGUUUUUUUUUCUUGCUUGCCCCAUGGAUGACUUUUUAAAUGUUAUUACAAGUAAAGAUUUUCAAAGCUAAUUCUA